AUGUCUGGCGGACAAGCACUUGAUACGGACUGCAUAACUUUGACGAGGUUUGUCCUGGAGGAGCAGCGAAAGUAUCCCCAGGCCACGGGUGACCUCACUCAGCUGUUGAAUGCCAUACUGACAGCGAUCAAAGCCAUCUCGUCGGCCGUGCGAAAGGCAGGAAUUCAUCACCUCUAUGGCAUUUCAGGUUCAUCCAAUGCCACAGGAGACGCUGUUAAAAAACUGGAUGUCCUGUCCAAUGAUUUGUUUAUCAACAUGUUACGGUCAUCAUACACUUGCUGUAUCUUGGUCUCUGAGGAGAACGAACAAGUCAUUGUAAUUGAAGACAAGUUCAAAGGCAAGUAUAUUGUCUGCUUUGAUCCAUUGGAUGGUUCCUCAAACAUUGACUGCUUAGUCUCCAUCGGAUCCAUUUUUGGAAUAUACAGAACGGCAAAUGAGGAUUCGUGUUCAGUCAAAGAUGUUCUUCAACAAGGCAAGAAUAUGGUUUGCGCUGGUUAUGCUCUGUAUGGCAGUGCUACUAUGGUUGUUCUGUCACUUGGUCUUGGUCAGGGCGUGAAUGGAUUUAUGUAUGACCCGUCCAUUGGAGAGUUCCUGUUAACUGAAAGAAACAUGCAAAUAAAACCUCGUGGCAAGAUAUACUCUCUGAAUGAAGGCUAUGAGAUGCAUUGGGAUGAUGCAACCAGGGAAUAUGUUAACAGCAAGAAGAGACCAAAGGAUGGGAAGCCAUAUGGAGCUCGAUAUAUUGGAUCUAUGGUGGCUGAUGUCCACAGGACAAUAUGUUAUGGUGGAAUUUUUAUGUACCCUGCAACUUCUGAAGCCCCAAAGGGCAAGCUUCGGCUGAUGUAUGAAGGCAACCCAAUGGCCUACAUUGUAGAGCAAGCUGGUGGAUUGGCAAUUGACGGGAAGCAGCGAAUUUUAGAUAUUGUUCCAAAGGAUAUCCAUGAGAGAUGUGCCGUCUUCAUGGGCUCUAAGGAGGAUGUCCAAGAUGUGUGGGACAUUUACAAAAAAUAUUCAUCAUAA